AUGAUAACAACACGUUCCCAUUAUCGUCAAUUAUUUCAAGACGAAGUUCAACGAUUAGCUGCAAUUGAAUUCAAUAUCCCUGUUAAUCAGGAAUCUUCUACUCAUCCCAUCGUUCAUUAUCCAAAAUUUUUAUCCAUUAUGGAAGAACAAUUUAUGUCAACAUUAGCAAAAGAGCAGAUCAAGAAUCUUGCUAGAUUUGGUGGUGGUCCAGAAGAAGAUGUUAUUAAAUGGUUACAAGAAGUUGAAGAAGUAUUUGAUAGAGCUCAAUUACAACCAUCCAAUAAAUACCUUGCCGUACAAUCAUACUUAAUUGAAUCAGCUGCUAAAUGGUUUCGACACAACAAAUCAAAUAUUUGUGACUGGUCCACAUUUAAAAUAGAAAUUCUUAAAGUCUAUCGACCAUCACUUGAUCAAACACUUUUAAAAAUGGAACAACGACAACAAUUAUCUAAUGAAUUUGUUAUGGAAUAUUAUUAUGAUAAAUUACAAUUAUGUUUACAAGCUGAUUCUACUAUGAGUUCAGCUAUGAUAAUUCACUAUUUAACAAAAGGGUUAAAUCCUUUAUUAGUUCCUUAUGUUGUUCGUCGACAUCCUUCAACACCUGCUGAAUUUCUUCUUAUAGCUCAGGAUGAAGAAAAAAUUAAACAGAUGUUACAAGGUUUAACACAAAGUACAAUUCGUCCACACGAUGAUGAUUCAAAUGAUAAGGAUCCUAUUGAUGAAACGGUCGCAUUGAUAAAACGACCUACUUAUACAAACCCACGCUCAUUUAAUUAUCGACAACAACCACAACGUAUAACUCCUUCACCACAACCACUUAUGAAUUCACAAUUUGUUUACCAUCAACCAUCACAUUCAACUCAUCGUUAUGAUCGUCCAAACCCAUCAUCAACUUUUAUAUCACAUCAAUGUUAUGAAUGUCGUUGUUUUGAUGGUGGUACCUCGUGGAUUAAGAAAAAACCAUCAUCAUCACAUUCAUCAUCAAUUAAAGUUCCUGUCAACAAUUAUAUUACAAAAGUUUUAGUUGACACUGGUGCUGCCAUAUCACUUAUACAUGAACAAACUUUACAAUGUAUGCAACAUUAUCCAAUAACGUCAUGUUCUUUAAAAGAAGUUCAUACUGCAAACAGUGGAUUUAUAUCUCUGGUUGGAUUAGUGAAUCUUAAUGUAAAAAUUAAUCAUAUUAUAACUACAGUCGAUGCUUAUGUUACUCGUGAUCUUGUUUGUCCAAUGAUCUUAGGCCGAGAUUGGAUUCAAAAACACCAUGUUAAUAUUAAUUUUUCUACCAAUCGUAUUUAUGUCUAUGAUGGUAGAACAUCUGUUCCAUUAUUACCUGUAUCCCCUGCUGAACCAUUAACUAUGCCAUUAGAACAUUCAAUUGUUAUUCCACCAUUUCAUGAAAAAUUUAUUUCAGGUUACGUUCCUAUUCAAUCAUUAUUAAAUGUAGUUUUCACACCUAAUUUAGCUCUACAACGUUCCAAACUCGUCCUGAUUCCACAUUCACUGCUUCAUAUUCGUGAUUAUCCUGGUAUUAUUUCAAUCAAGAAUAAUACUCAACGUCCAAAAACUAUACCACGUCAUACUCCAUUAGGAUCUAUUUUUCCAUCAUCUGCAGAUCUUGAUAUUAAUAUUAUUCCUGAAAUCUGUAAUACUGUUUGUCAUUUUUCUUCUCAUCCUUUAACGUCAUUUUCAUGUAUUCAUUGUGCUGUUGCAUGUGUUACUGAAACAGAUCUCUAUGAACAUCUACUUGAUUGUUGUAACAAAAAUUCAGUAUGUACAACAAAAACAAUAAAUAAAUUCGUUGAACAUAUUGAUGAUUCAGUUCAACGUAUGAAAGCCUAUUUAAUGCUCCAUCAAUGUCGACAACUUUUUGAUGAUUCAUCUGCAACAGGAAUCACUUGUACACCUCAGCGUGCUAUUAACACGGGUUCCUAUGCUCCUCUAGCUGUACAUCCACGUCGAGUCUCGCAUCUUAAUCGACAGAUCAUUAAUGAUGAAAUAAAACAAAUGUUAGAUAAUGAAAUUAUAAGCCCUUCUACUUCACCAUGGGCAUCUCCGGUCGUUAUUCUGAACUCCAUUACUCAAAAAGAUGUCUAUCCAUUACCACGAAUAGAUGAUGUUAUAGAACGUCUAAAUGGAUCACAUAUUUUUUCGAAACUUGAUUUACGUAGUGGUUAUUUUCAAGUACCUUUAGCGCCUGAUGAACGUGAGAAAACUGCUUUUAUCACCCAUGAUGGCCUGUGGCAAUUUAAUCGUUUACCACAAGGUUUAAAAAAUGCACCAUCUGUCUUUCAGAGAUUGAUGAACCAAACACUUGGUUCAUUACGGUGGGAUAUCUGUCUUGCUUAUUUAGAUGAUAUUGUCAUCUAUUCCCCUUCUUUUGUCCAACACCUUAUUGAUCUCAAUAAAGUAUGUCAAGCACUCAAUAACUCAAAUUUUAAAUUAAAUCAUAUUAAAUGUUCAUUUUUUCAAAAUAAUAUUUCAUUUCUGGGACACCACAUUAGUGCAGCCGGCUGUCUACCAAAUGAUGACAAUAUUCGUGCUAUUAUGAAAUUUCCCAUACCUACAUCAGGUAAAGCUGCUUAUUCAUUUUUACAAAUGGUUGGUUUUUAUAGGAAAUUCAUCCCUCGUUUUGCUCAAAUUUCUGCACCACUUAAUAAAUUUAACAGAAAAGGUCUUUCAUUUAUUUGGACGAAUAUAGAACAAUCAUCAUUCGAUCAAUUAAAAGCCGCAAUUACAUCUCCUACUGUACUCAUAUUCCCUGAUCCUAAUAAACCAUAUAUUAUUAGAACAGACGCAUCACGUGUUGGUAUCGGUGCCGUGUUGUUACAGGAGCAGGUUUCUGAUGAUUAUAAUAUAACACCUGUUUAUAAACCAGUUGCUUUUGUUUCACGCACAUUGAAAUCAGCAGAAACCCGUUAUUCUACUAUUGAACUUGAAACAUUAGCUAUUUGGUGUGGGUGUGGGUGUGGGUGUGGGUAUGAGUGUGGGUUUAAUUCAAGAUAA